CGUAAAUCUCUUGUAAUGAUAAGAAAUAAUAUUCAUUGAGAAAUUGUAAAUUGUCAUCACGCGAAAUGAAUGAGAGUUUACUGCAGCGGAUAAAAAACCAAUUAAACGCAAAAUUUUAUGUGAUGAAUGAAACAUGGCUAAGAGAUUGUAUCGAAUUCUUCGUUAGAGACAAAGUUCCUCGUGAAAUGAUAGAUAAGCACAUUUUUGAAUUUGUCGAGUGCCAAUGGCAACUGAGUGAUCUACGAGAGAUUAGCAGUGAGAAUGGAUGUUUGCCAAAGAAUCUGGUACAACAAACACAUGUUGUAUUAACUGGUACCUAUAUUCUCCAGGUAGACAAGAUGUAUGAUAUCGCGAGCUCCAAAUAUAAGCAACUCUGUGAAAUUCGUAAAGUCAACAAUGAAAACCUGGAAAUAACUGACAAAGAGAAGCCGAUGGAAUGGCAGCCUAAAGCUAGAAGGAUGAUACAACUUUAUCUAACUGAUGGAGUACAAGAUGUCACUGCGAUAGAAUAUAGUCCACUUAAACAAAUAACUGAUAUAUUACUUCCUGGCUAUAAAGUAAUGAUAAUUGGCCCUGUCCACUGCAGACGUGGUGUUAUUCUCCUAGAAGAUAGUAAGUAUAAGGAAGUUGGUGGAGAAGUGGACACUCUAUUGAAAUCCAACGCACUGGAAAAUGUCUUGGCAAGGGCUCUAGGAGAACCAGAAAACCCCGAUCCAUAUAACGAUAAUGGAUUACCCAAGAUCACAAAUCAGAAUGUUCAGAGCUCAGCAUCUAAUUCUAACAACAAUGACAGUUUCUUCGAUGAUGACUUUGAAGAAGCUGUUGACUUGGAAGCAGUGACAGCAAUCGAACGACGAAGCCAAGAAAUCAAUGCCGUUCAAGAAAGCUUUAGAAAUACGUGUAGUCGCAAAGAAGUAGCUAGAAAAGAAACAAGUGAAGUUAUGGAAAUGUUAGAUGAUAUAGACUUUGAACCCUUAGAGGAUUGGUCUAAUAAUUCUUCAGUAAGAUCUUCACGGGCAUCGUCAUCACUAAUGAAGACUAAGAAAAUUGACAAAGAUGAUAUAAUGAUAGUUGAACAAAUGUCAACUUCCAUUCACAAUUCUCACAGCAAAUUACCGCUUUCUACGAAAUCUAUUCCGAAUCAAAAUGUUUCAGAAUUUCCUGAUGACGAUUUUGACUUAGAUGAUUGCGACGUCAUAAUUAACACAAAGAAAUCGCAGAGUCAACAAGGUGAAAAUCCUUUAAAGAAUAAAACCAAAACAUGUCUUUCGUUAGAAACGUCUACAAAAUUGACAAAUUGUAAUACUCCAAUACAAGUUAAGGAAAGUACAUCCAUAAAAGCGGCACAAAACGAGAAAUCAAUGGUAAACACUUUGAGAACGAUACAGCAAGUGCCUAAGACUAAAACUAUUUCCGACUUUAUCAAGCCUCGACCAAUUCCCAAAACCUAUGAUGUUUUGCGCGAUGUCUUACGCGAGCCUAUCACGGGAAAAAUAUACAGAACAGUGAGAGGUCAGGUGAAGAAUCAUUCGACGUUAACGAAACAGGGUACAUGUUGGUCGGUAACAGCACUGAUCGCAGAUUGCACUUCCAAUGUAGAAGUUUGUUUCGAUUCUGAGAUUCUAGAGGGUUUCCUCGGAUUCACCGUACAGGAAUUUUUGCAGAAAAAGAAACUUGCUAAGUCAGAUCCUCAAAUAAAUAACGAAUUACGAUUGAGUCUACGCAAGACACAACAUGAGAUACAGAAUUUAGAUGCAUUGUUGAAAUUGGAAUUAGCUCAGGAUCAAAUGCCUAAAAUCGUUGGUAUCACGCAGUUGACUCCACAACAGAAGGAAGACCUUAAUAAAAGAUCUGUAUGAAAUAAAAUAUUUGGUAUAAAGUGAACAUACGUCACUCUCCUAUAUGUUCUAUUAGUAUAAUCGAAGAUAUGUGUACAGGCUCUGAGAAUAAAUAAUAAACAAAAAUGCAUAAA